AUGUCCAAGCCCAAGGUUCUCCAGCUCGGCGAGAUCGUCCUCGCUCACAAGGCAUGGGAGCAAUUGUCCGAAGUUGCAGAGAUCAUAACUCCCAACGCCACAAACAGAGACGAGUUUAUCGCCGAGUGCAAGAGCGGGCGGUUUGAUGAUGUAGUCGCUGCCUACAGAACAUUCCCAUCCGUGAGCAUCACGGGUAUCUUUGAUAAGGAACUGGUGCAAGCCACCCCAAAGAGCUGGAGAUUUCUCGCCCAUAAUGGCGCCGGCUAUGAUCAAGUAGAUGCGCACGCUUGCGCCGCGAGAGAUCCACCGCUGCUAGUCUCCAACAUCCCUACCGUUGCCGAUGACAGCACUGCUGAUACCGCCGUGUUCCUUAUCCUUGGUGCUCUCCGCAAUCUCAACCCUUCGAUGCAGGCAUUGCGUGAAGGCAAAUGGAAGGGCUCGCCUCCUCCUGCUCUUGGCCACGACCCUCAAGGCAAGACUCUGGGUAUUCUUGGUAUGGGAGGUAUUGGCAGGAACCUGAAAGUCAAGAUGGAUGUCUUUGGCAUGAAGGCCAUCUACCACAACAGAAGAAAGAUGAGCAGUGAGGGCGCAGCUGGCGCAGAGUAUGUGAGCUUCGACGAGCUGCUCGCGAGGUCGGAUGUCCUGAGCUUGAAUUUGCCUUUGAACCCCAAGACUCGUCACAUAAUCUCAACCGCCGAGUUUGCAAAGAUGAAGAAGGGAGUUGUCAUUGUGAACACGGCCCGCGGACCCGUCAUGGACGAAGACGCACUGGUCAAAGCCUUGGACUCUGGCCAUGUGGCUUCCUGCGGUCUUGAUGUGUUCGAGGAGGAGCCCAAAGUACACGAAGGACUCAUUCGCAAUCCCAACUGUGUUCUGGUGCCUCACAUGGGUACAUGGUGUGUGGAAACACAGACUAAAAUGGAAGAGUGGACGAUUGGCAACGUCAGAGAGGCUGUCACGAAUGGAAAGCUGGUCAGUCCUGUACCGGAACAUGUAGAUCUACAGUGGAAAGAUUGA